AUGGGUAACGCAGCCACCAGCAUAGCAACUCGUAUAUCAGGUUUAACUUCUGAAGCUCUAGAAAAAGAACUGAAGGGAGAUCUUUGCAUUCUCGGUGACCAAAAACUGUUUUUCAAUUAUAGUGCUCUGAUAGCUCGAGGAGACCUCAAUAAGUAUCAGGUACCAGGCUCAUCAUCAUCAUCAUCAUCUGCUUCAGCCAAUCUUGAAGACCUGAACUACAUAAAUGAAGAACAAAUGCUGUGCAGCAUGGAAGAUAAAAGUUUUAUCAAAGUAAGACAUACAAAAGUCAUCCAAGGCUUACUGAAAGAAAUUGACUUACGCAGAGGGGAAGACUCAACCUCAGUUGAGAUGACGAAAAAACUUCAAUUCCUGAGCAGAACUUAUGAAACUAUACUUAGAAUGGAUGAGCGUGAAAAAAGAAAAUCAAAGCCAGAAGCUUCAAAAAUUAAGGAAACCCUCAAACCAAUUGCCAAAUCAGGAGUAUCUUUUAAUCUGUCUUCGCUAUUUGGGAUAAUUAAGGUUUUAGGCCCUGAUAAGCCUGAGCUUUAUAAGAUCAUCAUACAGGUUGCUUCAGGUACAGUUGUUGGGUUAAGCCCAAUGGCACUGCAUGAUAAUGACCCUUCGGUCUUUCAAGUAGUUUUAUCAGUUCUUACAUUUUUCAACUCAAUGCUAAGAAGAGAGCUCCCAAAUAUCCAAGAAGAAGACAUAAAUGCCUGCUAUUCAAUUCUUUUUGGGUUUUAUGUCGCUACAGGAAAUUUGUGUACCGCUUUAGCAUUAGCUUUAGCAUUUGCCAAUUUGGAUCCAAAUCAAGACUAUUCUCCAAUUUAUAAACAACUUUUCCCUAUGCUAACGAACUUUAAGAUCCUUACAAAGUCAAAAAUAAGUGAUUUUUUUGCUUGAGAUGCUCAAAAGAAAGGGAAAGGCUUACUCUACAUCGGUUUAGUAAAAAAAAAUCAUUCUAAAAAUUCAUAAUUUUAGGAAAAUAAUUCAUUUGUUUAGUGAAUAAAAAUGUUUAUUAUAAAUUUUUGUGUAAACUAUAUCUUGAUGUAUAACUAGGGAUUAAAAUAAUAAAAUCUCAAAAAAUUAUAAUAUAAAUUAAAUUAGUUAUCAUUUCAAAUAAUUAAAGUGUUUGUAUAAUCUUUUAAAAAAUUAGCAAGCAAGCAUUUUUGCUCAUUUCCAAGUGGAGAAGUUAGAAAUCAAAAGCGAUGAGCCAAAUAUAUUAAUCAGAACAGCUACUGAUGGCUGGGGAGCUAUUCUUUCAGCAGAAGCUUGGACAGAAGGGGCUCACUAUUUUGAGAUGACUUGGAUUGAAGGUGAAACUGACAAAGUUUUCUAUGGAAUUUGCGAUGGAUAUUAUCCUUACCUCGACUCGACCCCUGAAAACGAAAUGAUGACUUUCCAUUAUGAACCUACGGGAAGUAUUUAUAGAGUAGGAUUUCAAUUAUAUGCCUUCGAAAGAUACGUAGUCGGUGACAAAAUUGGACUUCUGCUGGAUAUGGAUGAGCGCACAAUUCUUUUCUUCCGCAACGGAAAAGAAUACCCCAAACCUAUUAGCGAUCUUCCUGAAUGUAUUAAAAGUAUGAAACUUUUUAUGUGCCUUGGAGGAAUCAGCAAAUACAAAAUCAUCUAUAAUCCCCUAGAUAUGCCAGAAAUCGCUCGCAUAAAAGUUGAAAACUAUAGAAAAAGGUCUAAUGUAGAAGUGAAGCUUGAAGAUUUAAGCAUCAUUGACAGAGCUAUCACAACUGGAGAAAUGACUGAUGAGUAUCUCCAAAUGAAGCCUAUUGAACUCACACAUUAUAUUCUUAAAUCAUUUGACGUCUUAAAUGAUCAUAUCAUAGAAAAUUUAGAAAAUAAAGAGAAGAAGGCGAAUGUUGAAAAAAUUAUCGGGCUUUUCCUUGACAUCAAGAAUGAAACUGUCGAAAUUUUAGAAAAAUUGGCUUUGAUUUGUAUCGAAAACAUUCACUCACUCCCCCCCUUUAAAUUGGAACGAAAAAUUUUGUUACAAUUUAAAGGGGGAUUAAGACAUUUUUUUUAAAAAAAAAAAAGAUCAAUAAAAUUUUUUUAUAAAAAAAAAAUUGCAAAAUUUUAUCGAAUUAGAUCAAUAAAAUUUGUUUAAUAAAAUGCUAUUUACUCUUUAUCCUUUAAAACAAAGCAAGAUAUAACUAAACUUUCAUUAUUAGUUAAUACGCCACUAUUAAUUGGUAUCAAAACUAUUUACACAAAAAUUAUUAUUUUUAUUGAUAAAAAAAUUGAAACAAAAGUUUUAGAAAAUUUAUCGACCAAAGUGCUAAUUUUGUUUAAAGAAGAUGUUAUUUAUACUCAAUUCUUUAAAAAUAAAGAAAAAAAUAAUUAAAUUUUGAAAUUUUAUAAAGAAUUCGCUUUGAAUUUAUAUCAAAAUUAUUUAAAUAAAAAUAUCAUUUUUAUCAAAAAAAAUAAAAAUUUUUUUAAAAAAUUUUAAAAAUUAGCAAUUAAGGAUAAUAAAUUUAUUUAAAUAAGAUGCUCUUUAUACUCUAUUCUUUAAACAAGAGAAAGAUAUAACUAAAUUUUUAAUUUUAGUUAAGAAGAAAUAUUUAACUUAUAUCAAAACUUUUUAGAUAAAAAUUAUAUAUAAUUUUUUAUUAUAAAAUUUAAAUUUUGUUCCAAUUUAAAGGAGGCUUUAAUUUACCAAAAAAGUGGAAAUUUUAACUAUAUUUUGUUCCAAUUUAAAGGGGGGGAGUCAGAAAAUGUUGAAAGAGAAUCGAAAGAAAUUUAUUCAGAAAUGCUCGUUUAUGUGCUAAAACUCACCAGAUCGCACUUAAUUGGGUCGAACAUGAUCCCAAAUGCAACUUUAGAAAGGCGGCUAAGAACAAGAAUUAUGAAAAUCGCUAUUGAUCUAAUAAAUAGCAUGCCAGGGUCCAAGGCUUGUGAAGAAGCCACAAAAAUUGUGACAUCGUGCUUUUCUGUCUUUUAUAAGGACCCACAGGAGAAAUUGUCUUAUUUAUUAGAUAGACUUAAAGAUCAAAUGGACGGAGUUGAGAUAUCAGGUAUCCUUAAAGAGCUUGAAGAUAGAAUUUUCCUUGAAAUGGCUCGACCUGACAAACUUUUCCCAGCUUUGGAACUUAAUAAUGACGAGUCUCAGCAUUUAGUGGAAACUUAUUUCAAGUACUUGAUUGAGCUUUCUUCAGAAAUUUCCAAGAAGUUUGUGAGGGGAGAAGAGACAUCUGUUGGAAUCUUGAAACUUCUUGAAAUAAGCCAAAUUGCUUUAUUCGGUCAAGCUGCUAAGUCUAACUUCAAAGGAAAAUGGCAAGAAAUCUUAAUGAACUACUCAUUAAGUGUUUUCCAGAAAUGUGAAGAGGUUCUUCAUAUUGUAAAAGCAAAAGAAAAAGGGUCUACAUUGUCAGAUAAACUCACAAGCACUUUAAGAAAAACCAUCCUUGCAGAUUUAUUAGAAACUCUUCUUUACAUGCUGUCUUUAACCAGAAUGAGCCUUGAUUUCUUAGCAAAAAUUUUACCAGUUUUGCAGAUCAUCAUAUCAUCUCUACAGUAUUUCGAUCCAAAGCCAAAAAUCCUAAAUAAAGAGUGGGUUCUAGCUACAACAGAUGCUUACGAAAGUCAGCACAAUUAUGAUAAAAAUCUUAAUAUUACCCACACUGUAAAGAUCCCUGGAGCAAGAAAAUAUUAUUUGGUCUUUGACCCUCAAUGCAAAACCAAUAAGAAUUACGAUUAUUUAGAGCUUUGGAAAGACAGCAAAAAAGAAGAAAAGCUCUUCAGAUGGGACGGAGACGAUUUCCCAAAGAAUGGUGAAAGAAUUGAAGUAAAUGCCCCAUAUUUGUUCUUCACAUUCCACUCAGAUAUCUAUAGAGCCUAUUGGGGCUGGAAAAUUGAUAUUUUCGGUGAAGUCCAAGCUGAAUAUUAUGCUAAACAAUGACCAGAUACCACAAAAGAUGCAGCAGGGAUUAUGAUUGGAUUUAUCAGCGCAAAAUUGAUUUCUGGAGAAUUUGAGAUAACUCCAGAAGAUGAAAAAGUGAGAGCUUUGCUUCAAAAUCCACUGCUUAAAUACGGAAUUUCUGAUAAAACUUUAUCACUUGUUAAAUCUCAAAGCCCGAUCCCAGAAAGUCUUAUCACCCUAGCCCAAGUGCCAGGAAUUGGAGAAAAAGUUAAGCAUAAGAUGCUAAAUCAAUUUAUUAAAAGCGAUCCUACUAAAAAGCUGGUAUGCAAUAAUAAAUCAGAGCUGACGAUGCAAGAGUAUAUUGACUCUUUUGGAAAAUGGGGAGAUGCAAAGUAUUCUGACAAUCAGUUUAUCAAUGAUUUCAUUGAAGGGAAUAGCGAAAUUAUAAGAGAUUGGAAUACCCUGAAAACUUUGAGCGGAGUUUGCGAAGAAGAUUCAGCAGUUGGAGGACCAGAUUUUGAUAAAGCAGAAAGAGCCAUUUUCGCUGUUUAUGUAGCUAUCUUUGAAUUUGCUGAGACUUUCAAAAACCUUCUUCAAGAUCCUACAAUUGUUGGAUCUACAGUAAAAUACCUCAUAAAAGAUGCAGUAAAAUAUAGAAAAUGGGCUGAAAAAUACAUCCAAAAAUUAACGGAAACUGCAUCUAUGACCUUUGAAGAAGUUUCUAAAGAUGUUGUAUUUAAAUGCGCUUUAUUAAUCAAUUCACAGCAUAGUCAAGGCUUAAAUGAGCUUGGGAUUACUAAAACAAUGAAACAUUUGGCAGCAAAUGUAGUCCAAGAAGCCAGCAUUCCUAAAAGUAAAAGAAAUGAAAGCAAAUGGAAGGAAGCCAAAAGAGGAGUUGCAAGAAAUUCAAACUUAGUUGCUAAGCUAGAAAGCAAUGAAAGUGAAGAUGAAAGCCACUCAAAAGACGUUAAAGAAAUCAAAAGAAUAUCUGAACUUAUUCUUUCUUUAUUCGAAGCUCCUGUCUCAGCUGAAAAAAUUGUUGACACCAUUGAGAAAAGAAGAGUGAAAGCUAUUGCAAGAGCUCUUGGACUUUCCAUCUUAGGCAACUCAAUGAGCUUAUCGUCUAUAAAAGAAACUUCACUAAUAAGAUCCUUUGUUGACUCUUUAAAACAAAACAAUGUAAAAUUCCAUUAUUGGGAAAAUGUGGAAGGAAUUGAUUUAAGCCUAUUAAAGUGUGUCCAAAAGUCAUUUUAUAGGAUCUAUGGGUACUUACAGAGGGAGCUGCUCAAAUCCAAAACAGAAGCCAUAGAAAGAUCUUCAUAUUUCCAUUACUUGGCUGUUUUAGAUGCGUUAUGCUUCUCAUUAAAAGAGCCUGAUAAUCUUAUGAUAGUCGAGCAACAGUUCCCACUUAUCAUUUCUCUUUUAUUGAAUUGGUCUAAAGGCUAUAUAGGAGAAGAAGUUGAGACCAAAUCAUUCCUUUUGGGCCAGUGCAUUACAGGAUUCAAAAUCUUGAUAGAAGCUGAUAUUUUUGAUGAUGUUGAUAAAAUUCUCUUAGAAACCAGGGAAGGAGAAGGUCAGAAUCUCUACUUGAUUAUUGAGCACAAAGGAGCACUUCCUAUUGCCGAUUUCCAAAUCAGAUCUGAAGAAAUUGAAGGAUAUGAGAAUUUAGGUCAGUUCACUCGAAAUGGAGAAUCCAAACAUAUUUUCAUCAAAAAGAGCGAACCAAGUGCAAAGAACCAAUUUCUUGUCAGUAUCCAGGAGAGCCUUGAAUGUGAAUACAAGCCUUAUUAUGAUUUAUUAGGUGAUGAAUCAGAAGAAGAAAAGAAAUUAAGAGAAACCCUUAAAGAUAGAUUAUGUAGAACAGCAUGGGCUGCUUAUAAGCUUUUAGUCUUUAGUGCAGUUGGAGAUGUAAGCCAAAGCAAUCCAGUUGUCAAACAGACUGUCCAAGAUUUAUUUUUGAAUUCAAUUUUUAAUGAAUUAAAGUGAGAUCAAUCGCUAUUGGAGGUGGGCUACUCAGGUCUAAAACUCAAUGAAGUAGUUUCAGGGGAGUUGUGGGUAAAUAAAAUGAACACUGUCAAAGCUUUUAAAAAGAAUCCAAUGCAAGAGUGGAUGAGGCAGUUUAAUAAAGAGACUAAAAAUCUAGGAGAAUCCUUGCUGAAGGAAACGAUUAACGAUUUAGUUGCCAAAGCUGACCCUGCAAUGAAAGGGGUUUUAACUCCUGCUGAAAUUUCGAAACUUGAUCCUGAGUGCUCAGAACUCCUUUCAAGCCAAGAUGCUUACAAAAAUUCUAAAGGAAAUUUCGAUUUCUUUAAAUAUAUCAACGCAGUCCAUGCUAUGAAAGAUACACUUUCUAAAGAAGAUCAGUAUUAUAUUGACCACUCCAAGAUCUGGACUGAAAUACCAGAAGAUUUUGAGCAAGCAGCUAUAUCUUAUGAUUUUUGCAAUAUUGAUACCAUAUAUAAAAAUAUUGUUUCAAGGUUCAAUCCAAAACAUCAAGGAAAAUCUUUCCAACAAUUUUUUGAUCUUUUCGAGUUAGCAGAAAUUAAAGGCAUUGUGCAGGGUGACAAAGUUCAAGAAAAUUGCCCAUCAGAAUUCAAAAACGAAGAAGGCAAUUUAGAUUUGUAUGUAGCAAUGCAUGCAAUAGCUAAAGACCAGAACAAGUUUUUCGAUUAUUAUCAUGAGCUAAAGUGGGCUCUUCUCAAGUAUGAUGAUCUUCCUAAUAGCUGUUUAGAAGUAUAUAAAGAAAGAAAAUCUGCAAGUGAAUAUAUGACUUCUCUAUUGUGGACAAUUUAUGGGUGCUUCGGAUCGAGUACAAUAGUGAGCCUCUUAGCUCGUGAAGAAUAUCUUGCAGAGCUCCUUAAAAUUACUUACCUGAGCAGCGCAGAAAGCAACUUUGCCCUUAGCUCUCGCAUUCUCAAAGCAAUUCUUCCAUCCCAGCACUCACCUCAAACACUAGGUGCAAUCUGGGCUGCGCUUCCUCACUUUAAAAGCACAAGUACCGACUUUAUCCAAUUUUUGCUUAUAAGAAUUGGGAAAAUGACUUACUGGUAUGGCUUCAGAGAUACAAAAAGCAAACUUUUCAGAUGUGGCUAUGAAGCAAUUGUGCUUUUGAAAGAACUUAUAUACGUAGAAAAAUGAAGAGACGAGGUGCUCACCACAAUUAUGGAAUCCUUAAACGAUGCUUGCCAAAACUUAAAAGACGGAAAAGCACUUCCUAUGUAUCAAGUUGGAGCAAUCGAAGCUUUAGCAAUUUUAUCGAAGCAGGUUGAUAUUUUCGGAAACGAUCCAAUUGAGCUGGCUGAAGCAAAACUAAUUAACUCUAAGAUGACAAGAUGCAUCAUAAGAGCAAUUGAUGGGGACACAGUAGCGAUUUAUUCUCCUAUUACUGAUGAGACAGUGUCAGUUAAUGUAGAGUCAAUUGCUUAUUUAAGGACGAUUAGCAACUUUAAUGCCAUGAAAAUACUUAGCCAAGAUGAACUGCAGAGCAUUAAAGACUCAGCCAUCAAAUUGUGGUUUGCUUUAAUUGACUGAGAAUUUUUGAACUUCAAUAUUAAAUCUGAGAGAAUUGCUUCAUUCAGGACCCUUUAUACUCACUUAGAAAAUGUGAUUGUUAAUACAAAUACACUUAUCUUAAAAAAUAAAGAUAUUAGCGACAAUGAAGGGGCAGACUUGUUGAGAUCUAUCAUGAAGCAUGCUAAAGCUGAAACUAAGGUCUUAGGAAAUAAAGAAAAGAAGUUGCUUAUUAAAAAAAUUAUAAAGACUAUCGCAGAAAAAUGCAUUUAUGAGGACGUUACAGAUGAAGAAAUAAUAGAAGUUUUUACGAAUGCUAGCGAUAAAACUAAACACCUAAUUGAAGAGCUGACAAAAGAAAAUAUUAAGACAAUGAUCAUUGCUAAAUGCCUUGACAAAGGAAUCAAGGAUAAAAAUGAAAUUUUAGAAUUUGCUGGAAAAAUAGAAAAGCCAAAAUCAAGCUUAUUAUUCAAGCUUCAGCCAAUUGAAUCUUUAAAUCUUGAAGCAUCUGAUAUCGUUGGAUACGCAGAUAUUUACCAAAAUUCAAACGGUCAAUUCGUGAUAGAAAAUAACAAUUUCCCAACAGAAGGAAAAGAAAUAACCACAAUUCCUGAUUCAUCUGCAUUCAGAAAUACUACAAAGUUUAUAGAAUCUUUGACUAUUCUAGCGCAGUUAGAAGGCGUUCACUAUCAAAAUCAGUUGUCAUAUGGUCUCAAACUUGGAGGAGUGGAUAUAGGAAUUAGCACAAACUCUGGAUCGCCAAGCUUUGAAGUCAAUGGUACUGUUGUCUGUCCUACCAAACUUGAUGAAGUAUUAGCUGUUAGGAUUUAUUUAAAUCCAAAUGGAGAAAUUAGAAUAAUUAAUGAAAACACCAAAGAAAGCAUUGAUCUACAGGAUACAACUGCAUUUAACGGUCUUCAAAUGGGAGCUUACGGACUUUAUAUGGAAGCUGGCACAAGAGCUUCAUUGUUAACUUUUGAAGUAUAUGACGGUAAAAACAGCAAAACUGCACCAACUAAAGUUAAUAAAUUCAAAGAUACUGAGACUUAUAAGACAAUUAAAGUCAUUCAAACAUCUGAAAACUAUGAUAGACUAAGACUAAAACUUUUAGGCUUGACUGAAGACCAAAUAACUCAAGCGCUAUCAUCAGAUAGAGACUUAAGGUCUAGCUUAGACUACAUUUCUCAGAAUUUCCCGAACGCUUUCCAUAAUAUCCUUAUCUCUCUAAAUCAAGAAGUCAUAACUGAGUUAAAACUAGUUAAAACAAUUCGUGAAGUUCCUUAUGGAUUUAGAGCAGUUCCGAUCUAUGAAGAUGGCAAACAAAAAGAGUUCAAUAUUCCAAGGAGAAUGAUUUUAUGCGCUAAAACUGAGCAGUUCACGACUGGAAAUGGGUGUUCAAGCAUUGCUCUAGGCACAGAAGCUAAAGGCCAUAAAGAUUUAGGGAACUUUGACCCUGAAGACUAUGCCAGUGACUCUUUGACUCACAUCUGGGCAAGGCAAGGAAAUAUAGAAAAAUCCUGCAUAAAAGAUGUCAUUUUCAUCAAAUCUUCUUCAAUGUACAACGUAAAAGUGCCAUUUGGGUAUAAUAUAAUUAAAGAUGACAAAGGCAAUGCGAUAAAUCUUGGCCAUAACUUAGGGAAGAAAUCAGUCUUAUUUUUAGCUGUAAAGAUAAGUGAUACUGCUUUGAAUUGUGCGCUUACACCAUUCAAGAAGAUGAUUUCAUCUGGAAAGCCACUAUGCGGAUUAUUAGAAACUGCAGAAAAUACUGAAAGAAAAGUUAAAGAAGACUUUUUCGAAGCUCUCUCUAUUCAAGAGCUCUUCAGCCACUUUUAUGAGCUUAUGGAUUCCUCAAAGCAAGCCUCAUACAAAAAACUUGCUCUAAUGCUCAUAAAAAAAUGCCCAGCCUCUAUUGCAACAAUAACUGAAGAAUUUAGCAUCAUUAAAUUAUUCGAUUUCUUAGGAAGCUCUGUAAAUAAAAUUUCUAAAAAGAUUGAUAAUUUACUGUCCCAAGACAAUCCGAAAUUCAAGGGCAAACUUUUCAAGGACUGCCUAGAAAGUAUGCUUAGAUGCCUGAUCUAUAGAGAAAAGCAAGAAGAAUCAUUGACUCCAUUAACAGUUGAAAGCCCAAGCCACCCAUAUAAAAAUUUCAUGGAUAUAGAUCAAGAAAUCAGAAUUCCUGGAGCUAAAAGUCUCAGUAUUGUGUUUGAUCCACAAUGUGAGACUUGUCCUAAUCAAGACCGUUUAACAUUCUAUAAGACUCCAGGCAAAUAUGAUACGAUCAAAAUCAUUUCAGGAAGAGGAGGAGAAACAAACUGGGCUCCAUUUGAAGUAGAAGGAGAAGUUGUUUGUUUAUUUUUCCGCCCUAAUAGUGAAUCAGCUAACUAUUGGGGAUAUAAGUUUUAUGUGAUCCCUGAAAACCCACCUUCUGCAAUUACAUGAAAUCCUUGGCCUGCAAUGUGGGUGCUAAAUAAGAUUUCAAGCAUGAGUCCAAUGCCUAAAGAAUUAAUGGAAAUAACGCACCCUAGAUGUGUCCAGCCUAUUUUCUUGCAUUCUCUAUCAGCAAGCACAUUGGAAUUGAAGCUUGACUCUGUAAGAAUUUUGAAUAAGAUCAUAAGAGAUCAGAAAGGCCCAUUGUUCAAAAAUAUUCUUAGCAUCUUGGUUGCUCAAGCAAAUGAGCUUCAUAAUGCUGUGAGCUCUAAAAAAGUAGAAAAUAGUUUGAUGCAAGCUACUGCAAUGUUACUAGAAGAUGCUUCACAUAAAUUCAAACUUACUGGAGAGGAGCCUUGAUUUAUGGAAUUUUGUGAACUUGUUUCUGAUAUUAAAGGUCUAAGCGAAAAAGAUGAUUUGUUAGAAACUUUCUUAUUCGAAUCAUUUAAGAAGAAUCUUACUUGCAACCUCGGAAGCACUUAUGAGUCCAAACAUCCUUAUGCUAGACAAACCACAAAAAAAUUCAUGCAAAUUCCUGGUGCUUCUUUUAUUAACAUCGUCUUCGAUUCAAAUUCAAGUCUUGAUCGAAGAGACACAGUUAUUUUCAGCUAUGAUGAAUAUGGUAAGAAAUUAGUCAAAGAAAAUAAAAUUGAAGCAUCAACCACGAGAUGGAGAAAAGAACCUUGUGGAAGGAAAGUCACUUUUUCAGAAGGAAGUGCGCAAGUUACCAGACUCAAAAGAACUGGAUGGAGCAACGCAAUUUGGUCUGAAGACUACUCGGACGGCACAGUUAGUAUCAGAUUCAAGAUAACAUCUGAUGGAGGCUCUGAACAUUGGUACAUUGGAGUUUAUAGGACUGAAAAGGAUGUCUAUGAUUAUGACCUAGAUGAGUACAUAGGAUGCGACUGUCAUCAUGAUGUAUGGAGUUGGAAAAGAACUGGAGAAUUUCACAAGAAUGGAUGGUCCAAAGAUGGGUUCGAAGGAUUUAAGGAGGGAGAUGAAGUCACAAUGUUUAUUGAUAUGAACUUAAGAGAGCUGACUUUCUUUAAUGGAACUAUCGAAGUUUUCAAAUUCACAGGGAUUGCUUCUUCAGUCACCCCAGUGGUCUGCUUUGGCGCUUUGAAUCAAGUCAUUACUGUGCUCAGUGUUGAAAGAGUCGCUGGGUCCAAACCUCUUUCUGAAAGAAGUUUGGAUAUUAUCGGAGACUCAGUCUAUUUUUGGUUCCCAGUUCAUAAAACUGGUAUAUCUUCUAUAGGUGUAUGACACAAUUAAAAUGGCGAGCCAUCCGACCCGUCCUUCUCCUGUAUCCUCAGGGACUACGGGGUUAAGAAGUAAACGGGGCCUGGAUAUUGUGUCCAGGGUGGGUUUUUUUACCUUGGUCGGGACACCACGACAAGGUUUUUUACCUCUCACAAAGACAAGAAGACCAGAGCCGCAGAAUCAGGAGUCAAACUUCAGGACUAGAAGGAAAGUGAGGAAGCUUGUAGUGGAGCUUAGGGGACCUGAAGGAGAUUCCGGGGGCUACUUUUCACCCUCCCCAGAAAGGACGGCGCCGGGUCACUAGACCCUGAUCAAGGAGUACCUGGGUGAGUCUCCCUGUUAGAUGGCGACGUCACCAUUUUUUGGUGACGUCGACAGAAAAUGGAGUGAGCUACAGAGCCGGUGCAUAGGGCGCAAGCCUGAAGCUGGCAGCGCUGGGUAGAGGCUGAAAUAAACCUCCAUGACCCGCUAAACUAAUUAAUCUAAUUAAUCUAAUCUAUAGGUGUAUAGUUUGCAAGAAAUAGAAUAGUUUAAAUAAUAGUCGUUCAUUAUUAGCAAAUCUUCUUGAAAUGGUAUAAUAUUAAGCACGCAUGGGAAAGCAAUCAGAAUGGAGCUGCACUCAACGCGGAUAAAAUGACUGUCACAAAGUCAACAAGUGAUAAAACUUACCAUGGAACUGAAGCUGAAAUGAGACACGGCAAAUACUACAUCGAAGUCUCUGUUGAAUCCAAAGGAUCUGUAGGCGUUGGCUUUACUAACUCCUCCCCCUCCAUGAGCGAACAAAAAACAUAAUCUUGUUCGCUUACGGAGAGGGGUUAAAUUUUUAAAAAUUUAAAAAAUACCAUUCGCAAAAAUUGGAAAUCAAAUAUUAUUUUUUAAUUUGUAAAAUUUCUUUUUUAAAAUGCAAGAAAUUUAAAAUUAAACAGAAUUAGCUAAAGAUUCAUUAUACUAAUUAUCACUUAUAAACCAAAAUUGUUUUUCAACAAAAAAACAUUAAAAAAUUUUUGUUAGUCCCGGGGUGACUUUGGGCAAAAAAGGGAUUUCCUAAUGCUUUUUUCGCUUACAGAGCGAGGGGAGUAAGAAGAGCUUGAUCAAUGCGAAUACUAUUGAAGAAAAUGAGCAAACUAUAAUUUAUUAUAAUAAUGGAAAAAUUAAUAACGCUGACAGCGAGAGCUAUGACCAAAACGACGUUAUUGGGAGUUAUAUCGAUUUUGAUAAAAACCAAAUUGCCUUUUAUAAGAAUGAAAAAUUGUUAGACACUGUCCAAGUGGCUCUUAAUAUCGAAGACUCUGAAGACUGCUUCAAAUUUAUUGGUGUCUUAUCAGAAGAAAACCAAAACUUAUCAAUCUGUAAUACAGGAAAAUACCCUGCUGGUGUUGAUCUUAUGAGAAUUGACUUUGAACAAGAAAAUAAAUUUUGGGGCUAUAAGUUCACUUUAACACCUAAUUUCAAAGGAAGAAACACAAAACUUAUUGAUUCUUAUUUGAGCUUUGCAUCAGCUAGCGAAAGAGGAAAUUGGAGAGAAAACUACAAGCCUACUUAUUCAAAAUUUUUCAAAGAUGGAAUAGCACAGCAGUUUAUUGAAUUUAUGGAUGGCUACCUGGAUGUCAAUUCAAUUAGCUUCGAUAGUAUGCUGAACAACACUUCAUUAAGCAUUUCUACAGAAGAGUUAAGCUAUUAUCCAGACUUACAAAAAUUAUCAAAAGCAAAACUGUUUAAUUUGAAAGAAAUUUUGUUUAGCUUCUGCUCAAGAUUCCAAAAUUACUUUUAUCUGUUCGAUUUGCACACUGAAGCAGAUGAGACAGAAAACUCUCUCAUGAAGUUUAUUAAGAAGGCUAAGUAUUAUUUAUUGUCAAGAUUCAAGAGGGAAAAACUGGAAAGUCAUCUUGAUGAGUCUAAAACUGACUGUAAAGUUGUAAUUACUAUCGAUAAAGCUAAAGCACAAGAAAUAAAAGCUAAAGGCGAUGCUGAUCAUUCUGCAACUGCUUCAAUAUUUAGUCAAAUAAGCAGAGCCUUGGGAGCAUCAGCAAAUAAAACUCUUAGACAUCCUGCAAGAAUGUUCAAAUUUGCAUACAAGCCAGAAGGAAUCCAAGAUGAUGCAGGUAAGUAUAAUGAAUUAUUGAUAGAACUUUCUAAAGAGCUUCAAUCUCCAAUACUUCCGCUUUUGAUCCCAUCUCAAAAUAACGUCCUUAACGUAGGCAAUGGAAGAGAUAAUUGAAUUAUCAAUCCAACCUCCACUCUCCCAGCUCAUAUGCACCUAUUCAAUACUCUUGGAAAAUUCUUCGGUUCUGCAAUCCGUACCAAGCAAAGGCUGAGACUUUCGCUCCCUAUUAUUGUAUUUAAGCAUCUUCUAUACGAAAGCAAUUCAUGACAUCAUGAAACGCCAGUAGCGACAAGAUAACUCAAAAUUUUUGCCGGAAAAAUAAAAAACUAGCAGAAAGGCCACGGGGUUGCAGGUGACAGAAUUCCGGGUGGGUGUGGUCUGGGCUAACUGAACCUCCCUCAACCCACAGACAAGAAGGCCAGCGGCGCAACACCAUUUGGUGACAUCGACAGAAAAGGGCGUUAGGUGGCUUUAGUGAUGAUCGCCAAAUGAGCGUAAAGCUUAAGCUCAACUGGAUCAGGGGCUGAAAUAAACCCCGUUUAACCCUCUCUAAUCUAGUCUCUCUCUAUACGAAGACGUCACAACUGAAGAUUUAAGAGACUUUGAUUUCCCACUCUACAAGUUUUUGCAUAAAUUAAGGAACCUUGAAGCCUGUGGAAUUACUUCGGAAAACUUCGGCCAGCACAUUUCUGAGAAGUUUAUAGUAAAAUAA